AUGCUCUCGACACGCUCCCAGAAAUGGUCCAAGAUUCCGUACCACCACGGAAAGGAUAAUACGUACCAUCCCACGGCCAAUCCGCACGGCAUCACCUUUCUUAACAAUGCCUUCAACUGGCUGAUAUAUAAAGAUACCACGGAAUUCUUCAACAGAAACAACCAUUUUGAUAGCUCCCUGUGCUCCUAUGCCGAGGGGUACACCGGUACUCUCCGCCUGCGCACGGCAAUGGCAAAGUACAUGGGCCGAAAGUUCCAGCCUGUGCAGAGCAUUGAUCCGGAAGAAAUCACCUUUGCGUCUGGUGUGACGGACCUGAAUGAAGUGUGCGCACUGGUCCUUUGCAACCCGGGCGAGGCUAUCAUGUUGGGCCGCCCUUGCUACGGCGCCUUCAAUAAGGACCUCGUCAUGCGAACAGACACCACGAUUGAAUGGAUCGACGUUGGCGACCGCGACCAGUUCACGGCAAACUGCGUCCAGAGCUACGAGGCUGGCUACGAGGCCGCCAAGGCGCGAGGCGUCACCAUUAAAGCCAUGAUUAUCUGUAACCCUCAUAACCCUCUUGGCCAGUGCUACCCGGAAGAUUCGCUCGGCGCCAUUAUGAAGUUUUGCGGCGAAAAGGGCAUCCAUCUGAUCAGUGACGAGAUUUACGCCAUGACCACGUACAAGCGCCAGGACCGCAAGAGCGAGGUCUUUACCUCUGUCUUGUCGAUUGAUCCGACGGGUCUUAUCGAUCCUAAGCAGGUCCAUGUUCUCUACGGCAUGGCCAAGGACUUUGGUGCUGCGGGUAUGCGUCUAGGCUGUGUCAUUUCGCGCAACAGAGAGUUUACCGUGGCUGCACAGUCCAUCUGCCGAUUCUCAUCGCCGUCUAAUUUCUCCAUGGACCUUGCUGCAAAGCUUCUGGAAAACGAGCAGUUUGUAGAUGAGCUGCUAGAAAAGUCUCGCCAGCGUCUCUAUGAGCAGCGUUUAGUCGGUGAGAAGCUUCUCACGGAAGCGGGCAUCAAGUUCCAUAACAAGGGUAAUGCUGGCUUGUUCCUCUGGAUCGACCUAUCGCCUUUCUUGAGAUCUUACGACUCCGAGUCUGAGCAAUGGGAACUUGUCGACAAGACCAACGAGGACGGCUGGAGAGCGGAGCGAGUUCUCAUGAAGAGACUUUUGCACGCUGGCGUCGUUCUCGAUCACGGCGAAGGCUACGCAUGCUCACACCCCGGCUGGUUCCGUCUCAUGUACCCUGUUGGCGAAGACACUCUUCGCGAGGGCAUCAAGAGAAUAGCAAAGGUCGUCUCGUCGCCCGCGUCCUCCAAGUAG